AUGCCUCUGGCCAGAGAUUUGCUAUACCCCUUCUUGGAGGAGAAGGAAGAAACAGCUGGUUCAGAGUCCAAAUUCUUUAUGGAGGUAAAAUGUCCAGGUUGCUACAAGAUCACCACGGUGUUCAGCUAUGCCCAGAUGGUGGUUCUCUGUGUGGGCUGCUCCACUGUGUUGUGCCAGCCCAUGAGAAGGAAGGCCUGGCCCACUGAAGGCUGUCCCUUUGGAAAAAAAGAAUACAAGUGA